AUGUCAGGAGCCAGCAGUGAACAACUUCACAGAUCCACUUUAACUGUCUAUGCGAAUUUAAUGGAACACUUCAACCCAGGCCUUCAGAAGCUUGUUGCUCUAGGAAACAGCUAUGUGAAAGCUUUCCAAGCGCUGGCUGUUUCCAGUGAGGCCUACUUCAGCGCUGUGGCUAAAAUGGGUGACCAGGCACUUCAUACACUUUCAUCUCGCUCUCUUGGAGAUGUGUUGAUCCAAAUAUCAGAAACACAGAGGAGACUCACUGCAGAGAUGGAAGGAGUGUUUCGAUGGUUCCAGAUAGAGGUUCUGCAAGCCAUGGAGAAGAAUGUCAAGUUGGAUGAGGAGUACAUUGAUGGUAGUCGGAGGGUUUAUGAGCUGGAGGUGAGGAACCAGGCAGAGGCUUUGGAGAAACAGCUCAGACGAGGAGCCUACAGAGAUUCUCUGGAGAACAGUGAGUACAUGUUGUACCUGAAGCAGAGUCAACAGGAGAUCCUGAAGGAGGAGGAGCGGAGGUAUCGCUUCCUGGCAGAGAAACACUGUGGCCUCACUCAGUCCCUGCUCUAUCUAAUAAACAAGACCGGUGCAUCUCUCCAGCACAAGGCAGAUGGAUGGAAGGACAAAGUGAAUGAGACUAGAGGGUCUCGCCCUCGAACUCCUACCCCUUUGGACCAAGAGGCACAGCUUCGAGGCUCGGUUAGCUCCCUGCUGCAGACGGUAGCCAGAGAUGAAGACAUGUCGUGGGCCAGACGGGAGCAGCAGGCGCUGGGCAGAGUGCCCUCUAGAGCUCCGUCUCCCCUUCCCAGCCGAUCUCGCUCUAGCUCCGUGGGGGAGAGUCUGGGUUUGGGGGCAGGAAGAGCCAUGAGGGCCCUGGUAUCUCACCCUUCUUCAUCUAACCCCAAGCUGCUACCGUUCAGCCGAGGAGAGACCAUCACUGUACUCGUCCAGGAGCCGCGGAAUGGCUGGUUAUAUGGACGCACUGACAGCACUAUGCGUCAGGGCUGGUUUCCUGCUGCUUAUGUGGCUCCUAUUGAGGAUGUCUCCAACACUUUAUCAACGAGUGGCGUUUCUCUACGGAGCCACAGUAUGAACAACCUGUUGGACCCCAGCGACGCCAACACUGAGGCGUCAGACGGUAAGAGCUACGGGGACAUCCCACCGCCGGCCACGCCCAAUCGCAGAGCCUCUGUAGACGUGAGGUCCAUCUCACCUCUCCCUGAGCGGAAGACAGAGCAGCCCACAGAGUCCAAGCCCAGCCCCGUCCAAGUCCCGCCUCCACCGCCGCCCCCACCUCCACCUCCUCCACCUAGUCACAAUCUAAGGAGGGGCUCUGUGGAUGUCAGGCCAAUCUCCCCCCUCCCUGACAGGAAGGGAGAGGCAGCUUCAGAAACCCAGACGUUGUCGCCCCAUGGACCGGAAAACCCUCUGUUUCCCAGAGGCACAAACCCAUUCGCCACUGUAAAGCUUCGCCCCACGACGACCAAUGACAGAUCUGCUCCUCGGAUUCACUGA